AUGGGUGCGCUCGGGCGGACGCCGACGGAGCAAGAGCUCAGCGCGAUCCUGCGCGAGAUCGACACGGACCACAACGGCACUAUCGAAUUCGACGAGUUCGUCGACCUCAUGGACCGCAACCCGCUUUCGCCCAAGCUCGCGGGCGCGGCGCCGUUCGGGGAGGACUCGGAGCUGUACUACGCGUUCAGCGUGUUUGAUAAGGAUUCAAGUGGCAAGAUUAGUGUGGAUGAGCUGGCGCAGGUUAUGAAGAACCUAGGGGAAAAGUUAACAAAGGACGAACUUGACAUGAUGAUCAGCGAAGCCGACCUGGAUGGUGACAAGGAGAUCAACUUCACGGAAUUUAAGAAGAUGGUUGGGGGACUUUCAAAGUGA